UUAUAUGUACGAACGUCUUGGGCCAUGGUCGGCAUACAUGAUACACCCCAGGGCCCAACACAGUGGACAGUGAAGUCGGGCUCUACACCCCUCGUCUGGUGUUUUCCCUCUCGCGAUGCCGUUUAAAAAACUGACAAAUUCCGUCGGCAUUCUUCCCGCCAAAUCCUCAACAAGACGUCCUCUCACAAUAGUAAAACCCUGCUCUCUUCAACCCCCACUAAUCCCCAUCCCUGCUUCAAACUAUUCCAGUUACCCCGCAAUCAACACUCGUCAGCUGCAGAGAUGCUACACGCUCAAGGACCUCAAGGCCACGCACGCCACCAUGAUAAAGGACAACACCCACCAAGACUCCUUCUCCAUGAACCAAUUCCUCACCGCCUGUGCCCGCCUUCGCCAUAUGGACUUCGCCGUUGCAGCAUUCACCCGAAUGCUGCACCCUAACAUCUUCGUCUACAACGCGAUCCUCGGUGGAUUAGUCCAAUCCAAUGAACCCGUCAACGCCCUUCACUUGUUUGUUGAAAUGCCCAAGUCUGCCCGCUUGCGUCCUACCCGUUAUACCUUUUCGUUCCUAAUCAAGGCCUGCCAACAAGCUCUGGAUGUUGGUUUCGGCGAAGCGGUUCAUGGGCAGGUAUUAAAGAUGGGUUUUGGAAGCGAGAUCAUAAUUCAGACCGGAUUGAUUGAUUUCUACUCGAGCUCAGGUAGAGGUGAAGAAACAAAGAGAGUGUUUGAUGACAUGGGUGAAAGCAGAGAUGUCUUUUCAUGGAAUUCGAUGGUAGUUGCUCUUUCCCGUUUAGGGCAUCUGGACGAAGCGAGGAGCACGUUUGACGAGAUGCCGGAGAAGAAUAUCGUGUCGUGGAACACCAUGAUCAUGGCAUAUGCAAAGUGCGGGGACGUCGAGUCUGCCAGAUGUCUGUUCUCGCGAAUGCCUGCCAAGAACUUGUUCUCGUGGACUAGUAUGAUCUCUUGCUUCUCCCAUAACAAAUGUUUCAAGGAAGCAGUCGAAACGUUUGAGUGGAUGAAGGCAGCAGGGAUCGCCCCGGACCAAGUGACAAUGGCAACCGUGAUUGCAGCUUGCGCGCACCUUGGAGCUCUUGAAGUUGGCAAGAAGAUGCAUCAUUAUGCAAUGCUAAGUGGGUUUGAGCUAGAUGUCUAUAUUGGCUCGGCUCUGGUCGAUAUGUAUGCCAAAUGUGGGAGCCUAGAGCAAUCUCUAGUGCUUUUCUUCAAACUGGAAGAGAAGAACCUCUUCUGCUGGAAUUCGGUAAUUGAUGGAUUGGCUAUUCACGGCCAUGGUAGGGAGGCACUAGAUAUGUUUCGUAGGAUGAAGCAGGAAGCUGGGAUAGAGCCAAAUUGGGUUAGCUUCGUCAGCGUUCUUAGCGCUUGUGCUCAUUCAGGGUUAGUAGAGGAAGGACACAGGAUGUUUUCGAGCAUGGUCAGAGAUCACUCUAUAUCCCCGAAGAUGGAGCAUUACUGUUGCAUGGUCGACGUUUUGGGGCGUGCAGGCCUCCUCGAUGAGGCAUUGGAUGUGAUAGGGAGUAUGAAGAUGGAGCCGAAUGCGGUUGUCUGGGGAGCUCUAUUGGGGGGUUGCAAGAUUCAUGGUAGCUUAGAGAUUGGGAAGAUUGCCAUUGAGAAUUUGCUGGCUCUGGAUCCGGAGAGGAGCAGCAAUUAUAUGAUGCUGGUUAAUAUGUAUGCUGAGGUUAACAAAUGGCCAGAGGUUGCCACAGUAAGGAGUGCGAUGAAGGAUAAUAGAGUGCUGAAGAGGUCACCAGGGUUGAGUUGGAUGGAAAUAAACGGUAGGGUUCAUGAGUUUGCUGCUGCUUCUGAUGCUUGCCAUUCUUCGUGUGAAGAGAUUGGCUUCUUGUUGACUGAGUUGGAUGGGCAGCUCAAACUUGUAGGGAAUGUAUCAGACUGGAGUUCGCUUCAUUUGUGCAUAUAGCUUGCAAGAGUACCAAAGUGCUUGACCGUUUUCUUCAUGUCCUUGUUUUCCUAUUUCAUUGAGUAACAAGCUAUGAUGCUACGCUGAAAUUGUAGCCAUAAUA